GCGCCGGGCAUCUCCAAAACACAGCGCCAUCACGGGCUGCCUCGGCGUCGCGCGCAGAGCCGAAGCACAAGGAGCAGCCAGUCGCGCGCAUCGCGCAAGACCAUGGCCAGCCCCACCAAGAGCAGAGCGCCCCAUAAAGCGGUCUACGCCUACCAAGCGCAGGAGCCCGACGAGCUCACGCUUAGCGUCGGAGACGAGGUCCACGUCCAGCAACGGCAGGAGGACGGCUGGUGGUUUGGGGUCAUCGUGACGGACGGCGCGCCGCGCUGUGGUUUGUUUCCCGGCCUCUACGUGGAGAAGGUCGUCGACCAGGCGGCCGCGGCAUGUUUGCUGCAAGCUCGCGUGCGCGGUCGGCUCGCUCGGGCGGCGCCGCCGCCCUCCCAAGAGAGCGACCCGACGAUAUCGCUCAUACGAGAAUGGGAACGGCGGGCGGUGCAAGCCGAAGAAAGUUUAGCGGAGGAACGACGAGCCGCGCAAGCGUUUCGGGAGGCGACGUCUAGAUCCCUGGAGGUCCUGGAGACGACGCUGGCCAAGUCGCUGGCACCACUAGGUGGUGUGGUGUUGGAAGCGCCGCGAGGUGAUGCGUCCUUCUGGGAGGUUGGUGGUUCUACACGGCCCUCAUCGAGAGGCGACGCCCUAGGCCGAGCCGUGGCGGAGAAGCUUUCGUCAAAAAUCAGGCAGGGCGUGCUCGGUCGAAGGGUCGUGGCCUGGGAGGAUUUUUGUGAUGCAUUGGUCGCGAGCCUACCUCGAAGGCGUCGCAAGGACAGCGACGACGACCACGGCGUGGCCUUCGGGCGGGGCGGCGGGCCGCAUCGCCGGAGACGGAAGAAGGAUGACUUGAACGCGCAUGCAUCAAAACUGCAAGCGAGAGUAAGGGGCCACCAGCAGCGGUCGCGGCGGUUCAAGAAGAAGGCACCUUCACAGCAGCCCGUGGAGGACGACGAUCGCUUGACACGAGUACUAGCUAGGUUCCAGAAGCCUUUACGGGAAGUGUUCCGCAAGUACCGGAAAGGCCGACAUGUCUCGGCGCCGGACUUCCUCAAACUCUGUCGGGAGGAGAAGGUCUCUCCGGCUUUAUUAUCGCAUCAGGAGGUCGCGGCGGUGUGUCGAGCCACAUUAGGUGAAAGCGACACUUCGGGUCUGGACGAAGCGAACCUGUCGCGGGCGCUGGCGCGCGUCGCCUGCGCCGCUUAUGCCGCGGUGCCCACAAUGGGCGUCGGCGACAAGGUUGAAGCAUUAUUCAUCCACAUGGGGCUGGCCGAAAGGUUAGUGGAGGCCGCGCGGCAGUCGCGGCCCGCUCAGAAACAUCCCUUCGACGAGCCUCCGCUGUCGUUCGGCAAGCAACGACGGGUGAAGGCGUCGCCCGCGCCGCCAGGGGGGGUGUAAGUUUUUGCCUAUACUACUAGGUGCUUCCUCGCGUCGCCUCGACGGCGUAGGGGCUCGUCGUUCGCUCGAAGGUUGACGAAAGUUCGAGCCGCGCCCGCCGGGCCGAAAAAAACUACGAGAUGGGGAUACACU